AUGCCUGACACUACCAAACGUGGUUUAUUUGUGGUUUUCGAAGGUGUUGAAAAAUGUGGCAAAAAGACACAAUCAGAACUAUUACAAGAAGCUUUAACUCAAAUUACCGGCAAACAAGCCUUGCUGAUUCAUUUUCCUGACAAAAGUACACCAAUAGGGAAACUACUAGGUGAAUACUCUGAUGAAAAACUCCAACUGGAACCACAUGCUGCUCAUCUUCUUUAUAUAGCUAACAGAUGGGAACGUCAAGAUGAAAUUUCGAAUGCAUUAAAGGCUGGUAUUAGUGUUGUUGUAGAUCGUUACAGUUAUUCUGGUAUUGCUAAUACAGCUGCUAAAUUUCAUCCACUCUCUGAAUUUGAUUGGAAAUGGUGCCGUUCUAUGGAGUAUGGGUUAAUUCAGCCAGAUUUCAUAUUUUGCCUUGCUCCAGAAAAUUUUGCUGAAAUUUCAGUUCGUGAUGCAUUUACUGACAGAAAAUUUGAAACAAUGGAUUUUCAAAAACGAAUUCUUAUUUAUUACGGUCGUUUAUCACGUGAAAUGGAGUCUGAAUUAAGUGAGAAUGAUGACACGAAUGAACGUGA